CAACCCAGUCAUCUAUUACUUAUUAUUACAAAUAAUUUGAAUUUUGACUUUGUGGAACCAAAAGCCCUUUUUAUUUGCUUAAACGUUACUUGCUUCAUUCUCAUUACAAUUAAUUAAUUAAGCUGAAGAACCCUAGCUAGCUAUAAUGGAUUCCAGUUCCCGUUAUCACCAACAGCAGCUAAACUCAUCGUCGUCAUCAGCAUCAGGAUUGCUUCGAUUUCGCUCUGCUCCUCCUUCAGUCCUCGAACAGUUACAGGUUGUUGAAGGUUCUUGUUCAUCUGAACAGGAGAGGUCGUCGUCGUCGUCGUUCUUGAGAUUCUUCAGUUCCAACAAAAAUAAGCCUUCUUCAACAACAAAACCGCCAUCACUUUCUUUGAUGAAUUCGAAUCAUCGCUUCACCAGACUGCACAACUCGUCAACUGCACCUUCCGCUUCCACUUCCUCUGGAACGGAUCUACCAAGGCAGAGCACUUUUCCAGCUUCGCAUUUCUCCUUCCACGAUAAUAACGGGUAUGAUACUAAUGCAAAUACUAUGACGAAAGGUGUUGGAAACUACAGCGGCAGUGAUGAACUUAGUCUAUCCACAAUGAACAGAUUCAAUAACCAAAUUAGCUUCUCAUCAUCAAGAAGCCCUUCUUCUUCAGCAACAGCAACUAAUAGUAACCGUAAUGGUGGAUUAUUCUUCCCUAAUUAUGGUUCUUGGAAUGAGACAUCAUACAAGAGGGACGACCGAAAUAGGAUUCAUAAGUUAAUUUUUGAUGCUAAUCAGAAUGAAGAGUUUGGGAAUAAUAAAGUAGUUGAUACACUAUCGCAUCAACUAAGUUUUCCAAAAGCGGAACCGGAGAUGUUUGCAAUGGAGAAUAUGAUUCACUUCCCAUUAUCAGAUUCUGUUCCAUGUAAAAUUAGAGCCAAAAGAGGAUGUGCUACUCAUCCCAGAAGCAUUGCCGAAAGGGUGAGAAGGACUCGGAUCAGUGAACGAAUGAAAAAAUUACAAGAGCUUGUUCCGAACAUGGACAAGCAAGCCAGCACAGCAGACAUGUUGGACAUGGCUGUAGGAUACAUAAAAGAUCUUCAGAAACAAUUUAAGAAUCUAAGUGACAGACGGGCUAAAUGCAAGUGUAUAAGGAUGCAGAAAUCAGAUUCUUCAAAAAAAUUUUGACUUUCUUCCGGCGCUGAAAAGUGAUAACUAGUUAUCUAGAACGUAAAGCUAAUAUAUCAGAGACCGUUGUAUGUUGCAUGUCUAUUAUUGCUUGGAUAUAUCACAGUCAUUGAAUCAAAUAUUUCAUUUUCUAAUUCUGUAUAGAAGAUUUUCUUAUAAUAUAUAUUGUAUUCAUUUUAA